AACAGCUGUUAUAAAAACUAAUCAUUUUAGCAUCUGCCUGCUUCUUGCUUUCAAGGACGAAUUUGUGAUGAAAGCGGAAUAAAUCGACGGAAGUUGAGAAGAAGGAAGGAAACUGAUGAUACGAUAAUUUAGACAAGAAACAAUCACAGCAAACAACCAAACAGCAAUUUUUAUGUUGAACAUAUCAGGUAGUGCAGUGAAUUUUAUUUUCUACCCACAUACAAAGAGUAGUUGUUAAAUAUAUUCUAGUGUGUAUUCUGAACGGUCAAGCUAAGAAGACUAGUGGUAUUUGUUUUAGAGCCGAACGUGCAUAAAUGUUAUAAAACUCAGUGUGUUUUUUAAAUUUAUUAUCAUGUUAUUUGGGAGAUGGCAUUGACUGGAUUCAUGGAGUUCUUUUCUAAAGGAAAGACUUUUCGUCCAAAGAAGAAGUUUAACCCAGGAACUCUUCGGUACUCGCUGCACAAGCAAGCACAAGCCUCUCUCAGUUCCGGCAUCAACCUCAGGUCGGUUGUCCAGUUGCCAGAGGGGGAGGAGCUGAAUGACUGGAUCGCCGUACAUGUGGUGGACUUUUUCAACCGCAUCAACCUGAUCUAUGGCACGGUCUCGGAGUACUGCACGGAUGAGACAUGCCAGACAAUGUCGGGUGGACCGCGCUUCGAGUACCUCUGGGAGGACGGCAACAAGUACAAGAAGCCCACCGCCUUCCCCGCCCCGCAGUACAUCGCUCUCCUCAUGGACUGGGUCGAGGCCCAGAUUAACAACGAAACUAUGUUUCCUGUCUCCACUGAUGUACCUUUCCCAAGAACAUUCAUUCCGCUUUGUCGGAAAAUUCUGAAGAGGUUGUUCAGGGUGUUUGUGCACGUCUACAUUCAUCACUUUGACAGGAUUGUGGCCAUAGGAGCGGAGCCACAUGUGAAUACUUGCUACAAGCACUUCUACUACUUUGUGCGUGAGUUUGAUUUGGUCAAUACCAAAGAGUUGGAGCCUUUGAAAGAGAUGACCGCCCACAUAUGCAGGGACCAAUCACCUACGCCCCACGCAAGUGACACGCCAAACAAAUGAACAACUUCAAAUAACUAUAGAUGUGACAUUUCCUGUUUAAUCUCCACACUUCAAUUAUAUGAAUUAGAAAAUACUGUUAAAUGAAGAGAUACAGAUUAAAUAUUGCUGUCGGAUUCGCCGCACAUUAUCACGUUUUAUACUAUCGGGGUAUAAAAAUCAUCAUAUCAAGUAAACAGUGAAUGAUUGAUCAUAGCACUAACGGCGUUUCUAAAAAAUUAUCAUGACUUGACAGUGAAUAGUUGAUAAUAAUUUAUUGUGACGUAAUUUAAAUUGGCUUUUUUCAACAUAAUUUCAGUUAGAACAGCAAUCGCCUGAGUUUAAAACGCGCUUUUCCAUGCAUACGUAGUACGAUGCAUUUUUUUGCUGUAAUUUUCCCUUGUACACAUUACUAGUGUAUUUCAUGGCUAAAGAUCUCUGGCAAACUGGUAAUAAUAAUAGUGCUGGUAAUAGUAUUUAAUACAAUAGUUGAUAAUCACAAGUUGGCUGGAGGUCUUUAUGAUGAAAUGUAAUUGUAAUAGUCUAUAACGCGCAUCCACAGUUGGAAUUGAACAGGAAAUACACUUUAAAUUAUUAAUUAUGAUUUGUAUUUAGGAUUGCCCUGUGAUGGUUGAAGAUACAUUGAAACCUCACUAAUUCAAUACUCAGUGGGAAAGUUAAGGAAAUUUCUAAUUAGAAAGUUGAGUUAAUUAUUAUAUUAUAUGCAUAUAGGAAAGGAAUGGAAAAUAUUGAACUACUUAUACAACUUAUACAGGAUAGAAGGAUUGAAUUAGAGAGGUUCCACUGUAUAACUUAAGUUAUUGGUUUGUUAUAGCUUGGUUUGAUCUAUAUUUUAAUGACUCUUGAAACAUAUUAUGAACUAUCUUAUUAUUAUUUAUUUAUCAAAUUAUUACAAUAGGAAAUGAGAAACAGACCAAGUACAAAACUUCUGUCCUCCCUAUUUAUAAACAUAAUUACAUAACUUAAACUAAGUAUAUACCCAGUAAUUCUCGAUAUUAUUUAUUGAUUUACUUUGAGAGAUCAGAUUUAUACGGUGUACAUUUUUUGUCAAUCGUAGAAAAUAUUGCAUCACAUUUUUUUAUUAUUGAAUUUCUGUAAUUGGUAUUAUAAAGUGAUAUUCGGUCAAAUUAUUCAGUAUACAAACAUAUAUUGGUUUGUAAUAAGUUUGAGUAAUAUUCGUUGAAUAAGAGGAUACCUAGAGUUUUAGGUGAAUGCGAUUCGUUUUAUGAAUCAUUAGUUUCGGUUGAUAUUGUUGAGUAAUUUAAAUUUUACCCACUGUAAUUUAUUUGCAAAUAAUAAGCAAGUGCCAUUUCCACAGUAAAAGCUUAAACUAAAAUGAAUCAGCUGGUGGUUUAAUCUCAAUAUGUAUCACAUUACUGAAAACUUAAUUUAACAUGCAUGUAAUCCAUUUCAAGCUAAGAUUCUGUUUAUACUGGCACUGUGCAAACGGCCCUAAAUGGGAGAAAUCUGAUGCUUCGACCGAAAAUUGUUUAUAUUCUGAAACAAGAAAUGUUUAAAUUGCUAGGCUUAUAUUCAAUGUUUUGGAUUGAGCUGAAGUUAUCUUAAUGAAAAAGCUGUUGAUUAUAUUGCAUUAUCUCACUACAGAUGUCAUCAAUAUUUCAAACUAUAUUUUUAGUUUAAUGAGUCAUCUAUUAUUUAUGACACUUCCUUAGAUGUUUAUUUAUUUUGUUAUUUUGAAGUUUUAUUUUUACUACUUGGAACAAACCACUAAAGUAAUCUACUCUAUCUAAAAGUAGUAGUCCCAUUAUAAAAACAUGGAGUGACAACUCCGCUAUAGGAACGUGAGAAUUUUUGCACCAUUUUCAAAUGCCAUUUCUAUUAAUCUUGUGAGUUGCCAGUAAAACUCGGCGGUGGCUUGUCAUUAGUAGCUUUGUAGCAUUCAAAUAGAUUAUGUUGACUACUUCUCUCGGAGCCAAAGAUGAAGGUGAAGUCAAGUUGAUUAAUUUAAUUUUGUUGUAAAUAUUGGUUCAGGUGGAGGAUAGCUGUGUGCAUCAUGAGAUCAAAGUCCUUUUCCAGAGUUUCCCUUAGGUAUCAAAAGUUCUACUUUAUUAAUUUAUCCAAACAAUUGAGAAAUCAUAUAACUAUGAUUAUAUUUAGUCCCUAGAUGCACAAAUGACUAUUUCAGUGCCAACAAAGAUAAUAUGGCUCAAUUAUGUUACGUUGCAAUAUUAUUGUACCCUUGAGAGAAAGAAAAUUUUGUUUUUAUUAUUAGGUAUUUGUCGGCUUUAAAUUUAAUUUUUAGAUUCUUCCUCAAAGAGGAAAAUAUUUAUGAUUGUUUAUUGAUAUUAUUUACCCUUCAUCACAUAAUUAUGAUAUUUAGGUUUCAACGAUUGGUUUUAAGCUUGGCUUCUUUGUAGGUUUUUGUAUUUAUUAAAUUGGGGGGCUGUGAGAUUAAAUUAUAGACAUUAGCAUGUCCUUAGGAUUCCUUGACAAAGCGCAUAGCUUAGUUCUUGUUAUCAUGGUUAUCUAUGUACUGUAUAUUUAUUCUAUAGCUUAUACUAAACAUCUAGAUUGAAUUCGUUCUUUUGUUUGAGUAUUAACGUACUGCUGUGGAUGCAUAAACCUCUAAUAACUUUUUUUGUAUAGUUACAGAAUCGCACAACUAUUUAAAAUUGUUCCAAUAGGAUCGACACUUUCAUUGGAAUUCUUCACUUACGCUCUGUAAACUUUUGUAGAUUUUUGGGGUUCAUAAUCAGAGUUGAGCUCCAUUAUUUAUGAAAUUUGGUUUUUCAAAAUCAUAUCAGUUGAAAUGUUUUUCAUGGGUGAGCCAUUUUUAUUAAAUUUGCCAUUUUAUGAUUAGUACAAUAUUAUUGAGUAGCCAUUAUUUAGUAGCCUAUUGGUUUUUAUAUUUUCAUGAUGGAAUUGAACUGGAAACUUUUUACUGGCUCAAUUGUGUGAUACAUACGCAAAUUUAGCGUUCUUUAACGUGACUGAUUUUGGAAUUUAAGUGAUUUCGUAAAAAAUUACAGAUAAUUAUUACGAAGUGUUUUUUAAGAAUUAAACAAGAUUUUUUGGCUUCGAAGUUUUCCAGUACUAUGCCAUACAUAAUUUUAUAUGGCAUAUUUAUGCCACACAUAUUACUUUUUACAUAAUUUUAGUCACGUUUCAAUCACAAUCACGUAUUUAUUCACAAUCUUCUAUUGAAGAUUUAUAAAGAUACUCUGUUACUAUUUUGACAUUGGAUACAAUAAUUUAGAUGGUUAACCAGGACUUCACUGAAAUUUGUAUUUUCGGUUGCAUAGGAGAUUUCUCAAGAGUCAGCAUUUGCUUUUGGCGAAUUAGUUUGUACAGUAUUCGUAACAAAAAAUAACCGAUGUCUAGAAGUACGAUGAGAAACAUGGAGAUUAUCAGGAAUAAUUGAUUGUAGGAAACUUCAACCCUGAUUUUGUCGAUAGAUUCUGUAAUAUGAUUGACUUAUUUUCUGUUCGGAUUCUGUUUCAAAUGCUUGCGAUGAGGAGUUUACGCCGUAAGCUGGCUCUGACCAUUCUGACUCUACUUGAAUAUGAAAAGUGCUUUUUGCCUUUCAAAGAACUGAUUUUUAUAAUAAUGUACAUUUAAUCUGUUAUACAAGCAAAUUAUUUGAUGUUCCUUAUGUAUGUUCCAAAUCAUAUUCAUUUAAAAUGAUACUGUAUAACAUCUCAUAACCAGUGCUUUGCAUGUAGGUGAUUAAAAACAUGUACUAACCAUAAAAUUAUUAUUUCAUCGUUUAUUUCUUUUGAUAAUAAUUUAUAUUGAAGUGAAAUUUAAUUUCUACUCUUUUAAGAAGUGCGCUUGCUACAUUAGAUAGAUAAAUAUUUUCCAGGUAUCAUGUAACAAGUAUUAUCGCUAAAUAUAAUUGCAUUUUUAAUUUGGAAUGUUCAAGUCCUUCAAAUAUAUUGCAUCGAAUUAAUGAUUGAAUUUUUAUUUUAUUAAUUACGUUUUUCUCAGAGGAAUUAUGAUAAUACAUAUAAAUAAAUUAAUAUUGAAUGAAUAAAUAAAUAAAUUAUAGCAUAUAAAUUACUACUUUUUAAUUUGGCAAUUUAAACAUCCUUUUAAAGUUUGUACAUUUAUUAAUGAAAAUUGUUUAUGUAAAUUUGAAACAAGUAUUUGAUAUUAUUAUUUAGUAUAGUUUAUUAAUACGCCAAAGAAUUUGUAUGAUUUCAACAAUAACACUCCAAUGUAUGACUUGGAACAAGAGUGAAUUGUUUUUUGUGAAGAAUUUUCUUGUAGACUACCUUAUAUUUAAUAAAUUAUGAUGAAAAUGCA